AUGAAAUCAUGCACCAGGACAUCAUCCCGCUCUGCGCGGCUGACAUCCAGGAUCAGCUGAAGAAGCGCUUUGCUUACCUGUCUGGUGGGCGAGGGCAGGACGGAAGCCCAGUCAUCACCUUCCCCGACUACCCAGCCUUCAGCGAGAUCCCGGACAAGGAGUUCCAGAAUGUCAUGACCUACCUCACCAGCAUCCCCAGCUUACAGGAUGCGGGCAUCGGAUUCAUCCUGGUCAUAGACCGGCGGCGGGACAGAUGGACCUCCGUGAAGGCUUCCGUCCUUCGUUCAGCUGCGUCUUUCCCAGCAAACCUCCAGCUCGUCCUGGUCCUUCGCCCAGCGGGAUUUUUCCAAAGGACCCUCUCCGACAUCGCCUUCAAGUUCAAUAGAGAUGACUUUAAGAUGAAGGUGCCGGUCAUAAUGCUGAGCUCGGUACCAGAACUGCAUGGCUACAUCGACAAGUCGCAGCUGACCGAGGACCUCGGCGGGACCUUGGACUACUGCCACUCCAGGUGGCUGUGCCACCGCACGGCGAUCGAGAGCUUUGCCAUCAUGGUAAAGCGGACGGCCCAGAUGCUGCAGUCCUUCGGGACCGAGCUGGCCGAGACAGAGCUGCCCAACGACGUGCCAUCCACGCGCUCGGUGCUGUGCGCGCACACGGAGAAGAAGGAGAGAGCCAAGGAGGACAUGAGGCUGGCGCUGAGGGAGGGCCAGAGCAUCUUGGAGCGCAUCGGGGCACCGCCGGCCGAGGGCGCGGAGCAUGGUGUGAACCAGGACCAGCUGGACAACCAGGCCACCAUGCAGAGGCUCCUGUCCCAGCUGAACGAAACCGAGGCUGCCUUUGAUGAGUUCUGGGCGAAGCAUCAGCAGAAACUCGAGCAGUGCCUGCAGCUCCGGCAUUUUGAGCAGGGUUUCCGAGAGGUCAAAGCCGCCCUGGACACGGUGUCCCAGAAAAUGGCGGCCUUCACGGACGUGGGCAACAGCCUGGCGCACGUAGAACACCUGCUACGGGACCUUGCCAACUUCGAGGAGAAGUCCAGUGCGGCCGUGGGGCGGGCACAGGCCCUGUGCGGGGACGGCGAGCGGCUUAUCGAGGACAAGCACUACGCGGUGGACUCCAUCCGCCCCAAGUGCGAGGAGCUGCGGCAUCUGUGCGACCACUUCAGCGCCGAGGUCGCUAGGCGGCGGGGGCUGCUGGGCAAGUCCCUGGAGCUGCACAGCCUCCUGGAGACGUCCAUGAGGUGGUGUGACGAGGGCAUCUACCUGCUGGCCUCGCAGCCGGUGGACAAGUGCCAGUCCCAGGAUGGCGCGGAGGCCGCCCUCCAGGAGAUUGAGAAGUUCCUGGAGACGGGCGCCGAAAGCAAGAUCCAGGAGCUCAGCAGGCUCUGCAAGGAGUACGAGUCCAUCCUCAGCCAGGACCUGAUGGAGCACGUGCGGAAGGUCUUCCAGAAGCAGGAGGGUGUGGAAGAAAUGUUCCAUCGCAGGCAGGCCAGCCUGAAGAAGCUGGCGGCCAAGCAGACGCGGCCCGUGCAGCCCGUGGCCCCCAGACCUGAGGCGCUCAGCAAGUCGCCCUGCCCCUCCCCAGGCAUCCGACGCGGCUCCGAGAACACCAGCGUUGAGGGCAGCGGGCUCCGGAGAGGCCCCUGCAGGAGGGCCAAGAGUGAGGUGAGCGAGACCCGGCAGGGCCGCGGCAGCUCGGCGGGCGAGGAAGAGGAGAGCCUGGCCAUUCUGCGCAGGCACGUGAUGAACGAGCUCCUAGACACAGAGCGGGCCUACGUGGAGGAGCUGCUGUGUGUCCUGGAGGGCUACGCCGCCGAGAUGGAUAACCCGCUGAUGUCGCAUCUCAUCUCCACGGGCCUGCACAGCAAGAAGGAUGUGCUGUUUGGAAACAUGGAGGAAAUAUACCACUUUCAUAACAGGAUAUUCCUGAGGGAGCUGGAAGGCUACAUAGACUGCCCGGAGCUGGUGGGAAGGUGCUUUCUCGAGAGGAUGGAGGACUUCCAGAUCUACGAGAAGUACUGUCAGAACAAGCCGCGCUCCGAGAGCCUGUGGCGGCAGUGCUCCGACUGCCCGUUCUUCCAGGAGUGCCAGAGGAAGCUGGACCACAAGCUGAGCCUGGACUCCUACCUGCUCAAGCCCGUCCAGAGAAUCACCAAGUACCAGCUGCUGCUCAAGGGCAGGCUGUGCCCAUUUGUCCUGCACACACAGCCGAGCUGUGGGGGCCUAAACUGGGAGCUGCCGGCCACGAACUUGCUGUUUGCAGACCCUCCAGCCUUCACGGCAGGAGACAACUGCCGCUGCGUGCCCCUGGCCGGGGGUUCCCUCUCAGCAUCCCACAAUGCGACACGCCUGUUGCGAUGGGGACACAUGUUGUUAGACCAAGUCCACAGCCCCACUGUCCGCGCAGUCUUGGGCCUGGACAAGAGCGUCGUGGCCCGUGCCACCGUCACAGUGUCACGAGAGAAGGGCCACUGCCGAGGAGUCCUCCGUCCCCUGCGCACCCCGCCCGGGCAGCCCCCAGUCUCCUGGCUCCAGGCUCACCCCUUCCGGAACGCCCUGGGCCGGAGUCCCGCUGGUGGGCUCUUCACGGGCGGCUGCCCCACCCGCCGGCCCACCCGUCCCACGUGCCUCCCUGUCGCCGCGCAGGGGAACCUCGGGGCCCUGGGCAAGCUGCUGAUGCAGGGCUCCUUCAGCGUGUGGACGGAGCACAAGCGGGGCCACACCAAGGUGAAGGAGCUGGCCCGCUUCAAGCCCAUGCAGCGGCACCUGUUCCUGCACGAGAAGGCCGUGCUCUUCUGCAAGCGGCGGGAGGAGAACGGCGAGGGCUACGAGAAGGCGCCCUCCUACAGCUACAAGCAGUCGCUGAACAUGGCCGCCGUGGGCAUAACGGAGAGCGUGAAGGGCGACGCCAGGAAGUUCGAGAUCUGGUGCAACGCCAGGGAGGAGGUCUACAUUGUGCAGGCGCCGACUCCUGAAAUCAAGGCCGCAUGGGUGAGCGAGAUCCGGAAGGUGCUGACCGGACAGCUGCAGGCCUACAGAGAAGCCAGCCAGCACCGUGCCCUGGAGCAGUCCCAGAGCCUGCCCCUACCUGCCUCGUCCAGCACCAGCCCCUCCAGAGGGAACGCAAGAAAUGCCAAAAAGCUGGAAGAAAGGAAAACCGACCCUCUAAGCCUGGAAGGAUACGUCGGCUCGACGCCACCGCCAAAGCCCCCCGAGAAGGGCAAAGGCUGGAGCAAAACGUCCCAUUCCCUGGAGGCGCCCGAGGACGACGGAGGCUGGUCGAGCGCCGAGGAGCCCGUCAACUCGUCGGACGCAGAGGAGGACGGCGGGCCUGGCCCCAGGACGCUGGCUCCGGGUAGAUGCACGGUGGUGGCGGACGUCGAGAAGGGCGGCCCGGACACGCUGGCCGUGAGGAGCGGGGACGAGCUGGAGCUGCUGCGGGAGGGCCAGGAGGGCCUCUGGUAA